AUGCCUUUCCUUAAGGACGAGUCUGAGAUGCCUUCUGAUAUCAAGAAGACUCUCGAUCCCUUUGCAAAACUUGUCGAGGAUCUCAGUGCAGCUUUAGGACCAAGCUCGGGUCUUGACUCUGAUGAUGUUGACCCAAUGGACAUUCAGCAAUUAAUGGAAACAUAG